AAUGUUAAAUUCCAAGAAUAUCAAUGGUGGUCAUAUAGGUGACCAAGAACACCAUGAAUUAUAUUUUCUAUGUUAUAUAGGAUUUGAUUUGACUGAACCCUGACUCAUUUUAGGACUCACUUAAUCAUUUGUUUUUUGAUCCUGUGUUAGUUUUUAUGAGCUUAGUAUACACUUAAAUUUAUUAUAAAUAGUUUGUGGUGUUAAUUGGGUAUUAUACCUGAACUUUCUCUUUUUGUGUGAGUGCUUUUUAUCAUGUAUUUUAUUUCAGUAUUACCUCCCUAUUAAAUAAUGUUUAUUGUUGCCACCAUAAAUGAAAGUUAAGUUGUAAAUUAUGUAAUAUUUUAAAAUAUAUGUUCAAUCUAUAUGUAGUCAUCAAAAUACGUGAAAUAUGUAUAUGUAUAAUUGCAUUAAGGUUUACCCAGAUUUAAUUUUGUUUCCUCUUUCAGUUUGUCUUGAAGAUUAAUUAGUUACACUGGCUAUGCUGCUCUUCUUUAUUUUGGGAUUGCUUGUACAUUUUGUGUUCUUCGGCUCCAUCUUUGAUAUUUAUUUUACGUCUCCUUUGGUUCAUGGAAUGACUCCUCAGUUUACACCAUUGCCUCCUCCAGCAAAAAGAUUAGUACUGUUUGUUGCUGAUGGCCUGCGGGCAGAUACACUUUAUGAAUUAGAUGAAAAUGGAAAUUCUAGAGCGCCAUUUAUUAGGAAUAUCAUAAUGCACGAAGGCAGCUGGGGGAUAUCUCAUACACGUGUGCCAACUGAAUCUCGGCCAGGUCACGUAGCCCUGAUAGCUGGGUUUUAUGAAGAUGUCAGUGCAGUUGCUAAAGGAUGGAAGGAAAAUCCUGUGGGAUUUGAUUCUCUUAUUAAUGAAAGCAAGUACACAUGGAGCUGGGGAAGCCCAGAUAUCUUGACUAUGUUUGCCAAAGAUUUAAAUGCUGAAUUCUUUCAUGCUGCCGGAAACAACCAAUCUUUGUUUUCUAAAGUAAAUGAAGAAAAAAUAGUUUUUUUCUUACAUUUAUUAGGAAUAGAUACAAAUGGACAUGCUCACCGACCAACAUCGAGGGAAUAUAAGGACAACGUUAAAGUAGUUGAUGACGGAAUAAAAGAAAUUGUAUCCAUGCUUGAACAUUUUUAUGGAAAUGAUGGGAAAACAGCAUUUAUCUUUACCUCUGACCAUGGGAUGACAGACUGGGGUUUCCAUGGGGCUGGUCAUCCUUCAGAGACUUUAACUCCUUUUGUCACUUGGGGAGCUGGAAUCAAGUAUCCCCAAAAAGUAUCAGCUCAGAAAUUUGAUGAUGCAUUUUUGAAAGAAUGGAAAUUAGAGAACUGGAAAAGGCAAGAUAUCCAUCAGGUCUCCCUUUGCAAGGAGCUGAUUCAUCUUGCAUUGAAAGGCUUGUCCUAUUAUCACACUUACGACAGAUUCUUCUUGGGCAUCAAUGUUGUUCUUGGUUUUGUGGGAUGGACAUCAUACGCUGCUUUGUUGAUCAUCAAGUCUCAUUCCAACCUUGCUAGAGGUGUCAGCAAAGAAGUUAAGAAACCAAGCCACCUCCUGCCAUGUAGUUUUAUAGCUAUUGGUGUUUUAGUAGCAUUUUUCCUGCUGAUUCAAGACUGUCCCUGGACUUACUACGUAUAUUGUUUGUUGCCAAUGCCAAUAUGGUAUGCUGUGCUAAGAGAGUUUCAAGUCAUUCAAAACUUUGUCAUAUCACUGUUGACCUUUCCUCCAAGUCAGUUGGUUGGAUACCUGUUCGUCUUUACCCUGGGAAUUGAAGUAUUAGUUCUCAGUUUUUUCUACCGCUACAUGCUCACAGCUGGACUUAUUGCAUUUGCGUGUUGGCCAUUUAUCACUCAGCUAUGGACUCGAGCAAAGAGCAUCUCACUGAGUUGGAUUUUCUUCUCUUUGCUCCUGGCAGUGUUCCCACUGAUGCCUGUUGUAGGACGAAAGCCAGAUAUCUUUCUAGUAAUGGGUGCUGGCUUGCUGGUUCUCCUGCUAUCCCUGAGUGUUGUAACAUCUCUCAUAAAAAGAAAAGAUCAUUUUAUAAAUGAAGAGCUGCUGUUACAUCUAUUUCAGAUGCUGAGCAUCGUGCUUUCCAUGUGUGUUGCGUAUACGACCCAUGACAGUUUGCGCAAGAAACAAGGGCUGCCUCUUUUUAACCAGAUCAUUAGCUGGAUAACAUUAGCCUCUUCCUUCGUCCUACCACUGCUGAGUCCUACAAGUCUCUUUGAGCGGUUGUUUAGCAUUCUUCUUUCCUCGAUGUCAGCCUACCUACUGCUAAGCACAGGGUAUGAAGCUCUCUUUCCAUUAGUAUUGUCGUGCUUAAUGUUUGUCUGGAUACAGGUAGAGCAAGAAACCCUGCAGCAACACAGUGUUUCCUACAAACAGAAGGUCACCAGUCUCCAGUUCACCUGCCAUCCUGAUAUAACCCAGUUUCGACAGCUCUAUCUGGAUGAUGUCCGGAGGGCCUUUUUCCUUGUAUCCUUUGGACUUUUAAGUAAAGUCAAGGUUUUUUAUUGAUAUGCCACCAAUCUA